AUGGUAUACAGUUCGUUGACUGAGGUUCCUCACAACCUCAAGGAGGGUAUUGACUGGUUGAUAGCGCUGAGGGGAACUGAUGCGGAAAAGAACUUGAAGGCUAUGGGCAAAGCGCUUUACGGUUUGCUCGCAGACAAGCCUGUUGGCUUUACGGAGGUGCCAGCUCUCGAGGAAGUGAAACGUAUUUCUAAGGAGUUUCUGGAGCAAAAGGAGCUUAAGUGCCAGCCAUUCGUUGAAGACCUGCUGAAAAGAUACACGACACCCUUGAGAAAACUUCUCAAAAGGCUCCCUGCGAUCACUGAUAGUGUCGAGGAAAGCGAUUAUAAAAACGUCGUGGAGACCCGGGGUAUCAAACCUAAAGACAUCGCGAAGUACAUAAGUGAAAUUGUGCAUAAUUGUGAGAACUUAUUGAAUGACAUAACAAAGCCUCACCGGUAUGCGACUGCUUACAGCCCAGAAGCGACGUGGGAUGCAUCAUGCGAAAAAGACCCGGAAGCUUGCGCAGUGAUCCUCGUGGGGAUUGCGCCUAUGUUAUACGCAGGCCUACGUUCUUUGCGGGCUGCGGGAAAUGUUGCAACUUGGAACUCGUCAUUGACUAAUAAGGAGGAGCGUGUGGGAGAGGUAUUGAAAGCUGUGGGUUACAAAGAGACGGAAUGCCGCUCUAGCAUGAGUGGUCCAGAUAUCCGCAAGGCGUUGAGCGGUAUAAACUAUCGAGUGUUGCAAAUAAUCUAUGACAUCGCUGGAUUUUGGGCUUUCUAUAAGUCUGAUAAAAUAGUGGAGUCGAAUGUUGAGCAACGUGCAGGAGUUAAACCUGGAAGAACUAAAAUAUCUACAAAAGCCGUAGAAACUACAGAACUCGUGGAACAAUCAGUAGAUGCCGUGGAGCCCAUGGAACCUGCGGAAGCCUAUGAAUUCGUGGAUCCCAUGGAACCUGCGGAAGCCUAUGAAUUCGUGGAUCCCAUGGAACCUGCGGAAGCCUAUGAAUUCGUGGAUCCCAUGGAACCUGCGGAAGCCUAUGAAUUCGUGGAUCCCAUGGAACCUGCGGAAGCCUAUGAAUUCGCGGAACCCAUGGAACCUGCGGAAGGCUUUGAAUUCGCGGAGCCUGUGGAACAACCUGACGACGCCCCUAAAUCUAGAAGAGCUAGGAAGUCGAGAAAGUCAAGGAGAUCUAGGAGGGCUAAGAAAUCUCAAUCAUCCACAGAUCUUCCGGAAGCCAUAGAGGCUGUGGAAGAGUCUGUAGGAUUGUACGAUGGUUUAGAAGGUGUAGAAUUUGCGGAUGAGGAGCAAUCUGAAGAUUCCGUAGAACUCUCGGAGCCUGUGGAACAACCUGACGACGCCCCUAAAUCUAGAAGAGCUAGGAAGUCGAGAAAGUCAAGGAGAUCUAGGAGGGCUAAGAAAUCUCAAUCAUCCACAGAUCUUCCGGAAGCCAUAGAGGCUGUGGAAGAGUCUGUAGGAUUGUACGAUGGUUUAGAAGGUGUAGAAUUUGCGGAUGAGGAGCAAUCUGAAGAUUCCGUAGAACUCUCGGAGCCUGUGGAACAACCUGACGACGCCCCUAAAUCUAGAAGAGCUAGGAAGUCGAGAAAGUCAAGGAGAUCUAGGAGGGCUAAGAAAUCUCAAUCAUCCACAGAUCUUCCGGAAGCCAUAGAGGCUGUGGAAGAGUCUGUAGGAUUGUACGAUGGUUUAGAAGGUGUAGAAUUUGCGGAUGAGGAGCAAUCUGAAGAUUCCGUAGAACUCUCGGAGCCUGUGGAACAACCUGACGACGCCCCUAAAUCUAGAAGAGCUAGGAAGUCGAGAAAGUCAAGGAGAUCUAGGAGGGCUAAGAAAUCUCAAUCAUCCACAGAUCUUCCGGAAGCCAUAGAGGCUGUGGAAGAGUCUGUAGGAUUGUACGAUGGUUUAGAAGGUGUAGAAUUUGCGGAUGAGGAGCAAUCUGAAGAUUCCGUAGAACUCUCGGAGCCUGUGGAACAACCUGACGACGCCCCUAAAUCUAGAAGAGCUAGGAAGUCGAGAAAGUCAAGGAGAUCUAGGAGGGCUAAGAAAUCUCAAUCAUCCACAGAUCUUCCGGAAGCCAUAGAGGCUGUGGAAGAGUCUGUAGGAUUGUACGAUGGUUUAGAAGGUGUAGAAUUUGCGGAUGAGGAGCAAUCUGAAGAUUCCGUAGAACUCUCGGAGCCUGUGGAACAACCUGACGACGCCCCUAAAUCUAGAAGAGCUAGGAAGUCGAGAAAGUCAAGGAGAUCUAGGAGGGCUAAGAAAUCUCAAUCAUCCACAGAUCUUCCGGAAGCCAUAGAGGCUGUGGAAGAGUCUGUAGGAUUGUACGAUGGUUUAGAAGGUGUAGAAUUUGCGGAUGAGGAGCAAUCUGAAGAUUCCGUAGAACUCUCGGAGCCUGUGGAACAACCUGACGACGCCCCUAAAUCUAGAAGAGCUAGGAAGUCGAGAAAGUCAAGGAGAUCUAGGAGGGCUAAGAAAUCUCAAUCAUCCACAGAUCUUCCGGAAGCCAUAGAAACUGUACAAGCUAAGACGGAUGUAGAAGCUAAAGAAGCUGUAAAGACAAAAGAAGCUGUAGAAACAAACAUAGCUAAAAAGUCGCUAAAGGCUAGAAAAGUUACAGAAGCUGCAAAGGCUAAGAAAAAGUAA